CCUUCGCCGGUUGGUGUUUAGCGCUGUGGCUACGGCAGUGUGGAGGGCACUCUGUUUUGGGGUCCUCACGCGCCCUUCCACGUCUCCCGGAAGAGAGAGCGCAGAUAGUGGGGCUGGUUGGUGCCGGGGUGUUGUGCGAGCCCUCCGGGCUCUCUCCUUCCUCUAGCUCCGGAGGAAGGAGGAGGAGGAGGAGGAGGAGGAGGAGGGAAAAAAAAUAAGGAGAAAAGGAAAAGGAAGGCAGGCGUCCGUUCCUUCGCUUCGGGGCCCGGGACUGACGCAGUCAGGGCUCUACAACUUCCAUCAUGUCUUGGCUUGCAGAUCUUGCUGGAAAAGCUGAAGACCUUCUGAAUAGAGUUGACCAAGGGGCUGCAACAGCUCUUAGUAAAAAAGAAAACAUCAGUAACAUCAUAUAUAACACAGACACGGAGUAUCCUGAACUACAGCAAAAUACAGACUCAACAUAUCAGACUGUCUCUAAAGCUAAUUACAUUUCCUCUGCAGCAGAUCAUAUUAGACAUCAGAAGGCUACCAUUUUAGCAGGGACUGCAAAUGUGAAAGUGGGAUCUAGGACAUCAGUGGAAUCUUCCCACAUGGGUGAAAAUACAUCUCCCAGACCUUCUUCCCAUUUUGUUCGAAGAAAAAAAUCUGAACCUGAUGAUGAACAGCUAUUUGAUUUUCUCAAUAGUUCAGAGAAAGAACCUAAUGGAAGGGUUGAAACUAAAAAAGAAAGGGGCAAGGCUGCUGUUCAGAAUCAUUCUCGGACAUCAAGCAUUAGUUCUGUGUCUACCAGUGCACCCAGCAUCAAAACUACUGAAGAAAACUCCACCAGGAGUCAAGGCCAUGAAACCUCUGAUAGUUCAGACUCUGGAGUAGGAGCUCAAGUGGAUGCUGCAAAGGAAAAUACAUCUCUGAGUGCCAGAUCUAGUGAUCGAAGCUUUUCUGCUAAUGAUGAUGGCAGGUCCCAGGAACUGUCAAAUCUUCGAUUGGAGAAUCAGCUACUAAGGAAUGAAGUUCAAUCUUUAAAUCAAGAAAUGGCUUCAUUAAUUCAAAGAUCCAAGGAAACACAAGAAGAAUUAAACAAAGCACGAGCAAGGGUGGAGAAGUGGAAUGUAGACCAUUCUAAGAAUGAUCAAAUAGUUCGAGAACUUCGAGCUCAAGUUGAUGAUUUGACUGAAGCAAUAGGUGCAAAGGAUUCCCAGCUGGCUGUACUGAAAGUGAGAUUACAGGAAGCUGAUCACCUGUUAAAUACUCGAACUGAAGCCUUAGAAGCACUACAGAGUGAAAAAUCACGGCUACUGCAGGAUCAUAGUGAAGGGAACAGUAUGCAAAAUAAAGCUUUGCAAACUCUACAAGAAAGACUACAUGAUGCUGAAUCUGCCUUGAAGCGGGAGCAGGAUAAUUACAAGCAGAUGCAGAGUGAGUUUGCUGCUCGCCUCAGUAAAGUAGAAAUGGAGCAUCAGAAUUUGGCAGAAACAGUUACUACAGCAGAAAGAAAAUACAUAGAUGAAAAAAGGAGAGCUGAUGAAUUGCAGCAGCAAGUCAAAAUAUCCAAGACCAGUGUCGAAUCCCUUAAACAAGAACUGACUGACUACAAACAAAAAGCUUCUCGUAUACUUCAAUCUAAGGAAAAAUUGAUUAGCAGCUUGAAAGAAGGCUCUGGUUUUGAAGGUCUAGAUAGUCAUACUGCGAAUACUAUGGAAUUAGAAGACCUUCGGCAUGAGAAGGAAAUGCAAAGAGAAGAAAUGCAAAAAUUGAUGGGCCAGAUACAGCAGCUUAGAACUGAGUUACAGGACAUGGAAAGUCAGCAGGUAAGUGAAGCUGAAUCUUCAAGAGAACGGCUGCAAGAUCUCCAAGAGCAAAUAGCUGAACAGAAAGCAGCCAGACAAGAAGUAGAAGCUGAGUUAGAACGUCAGAAGCAGGAAUUCAGUUAUAUAGAAGAAGAGCUUUAUCGAACCAAAAAUACACUACAAAGCAGAAUUAAAGAUCGAGAAGAUGAAAUCCAGAAACUCAGGAAUCAGCUAACAAACAAAACUCUAAGCAAUAGCAGUCAAUCGGAGCUAGAAAAUAGACUCCAUCAACUGACUGAGACUCUGAUUCAGAAGCAAACCAUGCUGGAGAAUCUUAGCACCGAAAAGAACUCUCUUGUCUAUCAGCUGGAGCGGCUUGAGCAACAGAUAAAGUCUGUGCCUGGGCAUAGUAAUGGACCUUCUAUUAAUAUGUCUGGAAUUGAUGGUGUUGAAGGAACACGUGUACGGAAUGUUCCUGUUCUUUUCAAUGAUUCAGAAACCAGCAUGGCAGGAAUGUAUGGUAGAGUACGGAAAGCUGCCAGUACUAUUGACCAGUUUAGCAUCCGUCUGGGAAUCUUUCUCCGAAGAUACCCUAUUGCAAGAGUAUUUGUAAUUAUAUAUAUGGCUUUGCUUCACUUCUGGGUCAUGAUUGUUCUACUUACUUAUACACCAGAAAUGCACCAUGACCAUCCAACUGGCAAAUGAACUGAGCCAGAGUGUCGAAAUGAUGAAUCUUUUUUUCCCCUGGACUUUGAAUCUGCAAAAAGUCUGUUGCCUGAAAUGUUGAAGAAGGGCAUAUAUCAUUACCUGUUUUAGUACUACUUUCAAUUUUUAAAUUAUUGAAGAAAUACUAUGCUCUAUUAUUUCUUCCUCUGAUUUAAAAAAAAUGGUAACAGUUUAUUAGAAAAACACAUACGUUCAGCUUAACCUUUGCUUUUCAUAAAGUUAAUGGCCUAGUGUGAUACCACAUAUAUAAUGGGUUUUCAUAAAUACACCAGGCUAGACCAAGUUGGCAUAGCAGAUACUGUAUUUUAGGUCAUUACUGAUUAUGGGCUAUAAUCAGGGAAACUAAUUGUAUUUAGAUAUAUAAAUAAAAGUUUUAGUUACUCUGUCUGCAUUUGCAUUUCCAUGUUUUUUUACUUUGUAAAUAUCUCCCCUUCUUCAUGGUUAAAGGCCUGAUUGACUGGUGCAAUAUGUUUUCAUAAAUACAGGAAUAAAACCUAAUGUAUAUCUUU